ACCCAUAUAUCAUUACCCUAACAAACAGGAAAACCGCUCUCUCUCUCUCUCACCGUUGAACGGGCAAAAAAGUAACAGCACAACUAAUCUUAUCAACUCUCCCCACCAUUUAAUUUGUAUUUUGGACCCAUUGCCGGUUAUUUUCGUUUUCAGUUUCUCCCAAACGCUUCAAGAGUAAACAAUAAAAAAUAAUUUUUUCGUUGCUGCCAACAAAUCAAACAACAACAAUGGCCCGUAGUAUAACUCACUUAAAUCCGCAGAAAACUUUAUUUCUUCUCUGCGAUGUCCAAGAGAAAUUCCGUCCAGCUAUGCCAUUGUUUGAUAAAUUAAUUGAAAAUGCCAAACGUUUGACCACCGCUGGUAAAAUAUUGGAAGUCCCACUAUUGGUCACCGAACAAAAUCCCGAUAAAUUGGGUAAAACUGUGCAAGAAUUGGAUAUUAGCCAUGCCAAGGCCAAUGUUAGCAAGACCCGUUUCAGCAUGAUGAUACCGGAUAUUGAGCGUCAAAUGCAACAGCUAUUCGAUGGCGGAAAACCCACCGAUGUGGUGUUGUAUGGCAUUGAGUCCCAUGUGUGCGUUGAACAAACCGCCAUUGAUCUCUUGGAGCGAAAUAUCAAUGUGUUUCUGGUAGCCGAUUGUGUGGCGUCUCGUGUUAACCAAGAUCGGGAUAUGGCAAUUGAACGUUUACGAGCUGCCGGUUGUGUUGUUACCACCAGCGAAAGUGUCAUCUAUGAUCUACUACGCGAUAAGGAGCAUCCUAAAUUCAAUGAGCUACGCAAAUUGCUAGUGGCCAAAUCUGCCGAUAUGCAGCUAACCAGGAGAUCAGCGAUGACUGAUGCUGCAACAGCCAAAUUGUAAAUAACAUCCAAUUUUUAGAAGAAAGAAAAUUAAAGAAAAUCGUCGAUAAUAUGUUUAAGCUUUUAAAGGAACCUUCUUAAACGAAACUAAAGGUUGGUUUCGAUAUCCAGCAACUUCAAGGUUUUUGGGAAAGUUUCAAGAAAGCUAAGGUAUUGAAGACUUUGAGUGAAUGUUUAUUAAUCCGAGAAUACAUUGAAGAAUUGGCCUCGUCUCAAAAAGAGUCUGCCAAAAAUUCAUCACACUUUUUUCAUAACAAUUAUUUCUUUAUUUUAUUACUACACGGUAUUUAGAUUAUGUACAGAGAAACAAAAGCAAUUUGAAAACUAUGUUUUAUAACAAAAAAUAUAUAUACGUGUUUUUAUAUA